UGUUCUUGCUGACAUGCUCCCUUUCUAACAAUGUUCACUCGUCGUUGUUUGAUUGUUGGCUACUUUUCGCAAUUGACGUCGCUCUUCACUUUGAUAUAGGGCGGUGUGUCGUUCAAUGCACCGGAUGAACUUGAGAAGCUGAACGGGAAACGAUUUAUCCGUUUCUAUUAUCCUACACUCCCGCAACCAAAGACUGUAUACAACACUUAUCGUGUAAGUAGUUCUUUAUAUUAGGAUCUAUUAAUUAAGUAUUACACAUGCAAUCAAAAAGUGUGUCGUUCAAUCGAGAUCAGUAACGUUAGCGAUCUACUUUAUUGCAGUUGCGCACAACGGUUGUUGUUACAAUCUAACCACAGUCGGGACUUUUUGAACAUGGCUGAACCAAGCGGCAAAAGAUUGAAGACCAACCUGCCUAACUGUAAAACUCACCGAGCUUUUCUCGGGAGCAGAGUGAAACAGAAUCUCCCAGCGGUCGUUGAGGAGAGUUUGUGCGGAGUAUCUACAUUGAUUAUGGAGGUCGCUUACAUACUUGAUGCACUGGCUAAGAUAUUUGAGCAGGAUGACAUUGCCUUGCCAAGAGUGGCAGCGUUCUUCCAUGAGCAGUCUGUGAACGAACAGGCGAAGGCUGAGGCCAUGCUGGACUACCUGUCAGACAGAGGGGGACAGUACUGCAGUAAAGACAUCCAGAGGCCUGGCUGUGAGGAGGUGUAUGCCGUGAUCCCAGCCCUGGAGCUGAUGCUGGGCCAGUGGAAGGAGGAGAUGGCCGUGAUGGUGGAGCUCAGCCAGUUGUCCAAGGAGCACAGCGACCCGCACUCCGCCAGUGUGAUCAAGAGCCGCUUCCUGGGGCCGCUGGUGCCCCGUGUCAAACUGCUGGGAGACCUGCUGACCAACGCACGUAGGGUGGGCUGCACCAGCGACAGCUCGGGGGGCUUCGGGGAGUACCUCAUCGACCAGCUGCAGGAGGAGUUGACCAACGUCUCCAGUAGAUAAAUCACUCAGUAGUUUAUAUUAAAGAAAACUACUUUGCGAGUUCGACUCUCAAAACAAGCCUCUCCUGUCAGUGUUUUAUGGCCACCUAUAUUGUAUUAUAGCUUGUCUGUAAGUCCAAUGUAUUGUAGAAGACACUCCCUAUUCCUACAUAACUUGCUAGCUCCUCAAUAGAAAUUAUUGUAACUGAAAAAACAAGGGGAAUCAUUUGAGGCGUAUGGCUUAGUUACAACUAGGAUUAUUCGGAACCAAGCUGUAGAACUUCUUAAUUCCUGUUUGCAUUUCUGCACAAUUUGUUUAAAUGUUUGGUGUGUUCGAGAGAGGGAAACAUCUUGAAUCCAGUAUUUUAGGUUCUAAAAUACAUGUAUUCAAAAAGAAUGAAUACAUAUAUUAUGCACUAGAUUUGGGCAUUUAAAAGGACACAGCCUCAUUGUAUCAUGUUCAGUGCCUUUGGAAAGUAUUCAGGCUCCUUUACUUUUUCAACAUUUUGCUAGGUUACAGCCUUAUACUAAAAUGUAUUACAUCGUUUUUCCCCUCAAUCUACACACAAUACACGAUAAUGACAAAGCAAAAACAGUUUUUUUGAAAUGUUUGCUAAUUUAUUAAAAUAAAAAACAGAUCACAUUUACAUAAGUAUUCAGACCCUUUACUCAGUACUUUGUUUAAGCACAUUUGGCAACGAUUUCAGCCUCGACUCUUCUUGGGUAUGACGCUAAAAGCUUAGCACAGCUAUAUUUGGGUAGUUUCUCCAUUUCUUCUCUGACAAUCCGCUCAAGCUCUAUCAGGUUGCAUGGGGAGCUUUGCUGCACAGCUAUUUUCAGUUCUCUCCAGAGAUGUUCGAUUGGGUUCAAGUCCUGGCUCUGGCUGGGCCACUCAAGGACAUUCAGAGACUUGUG